AUGCAAUUGAGCAAUCUUCUUACGCUGCUUGCCGCCGUCGCGACAGGCGCAAACGCAAAUGUCGCUGCCCCACGAGCGCUGCACCUCGCCGAUUUCCGCAUCUACAGUGGGUCGGGUUGCGAUACCGGCAAUCUGGGGAUAGUCUCGGUUUACGAGGGCGAUGUUCGACCUGGCGGCUGCAAGCAACUCGUCGACACCAACGUCAAGUCUGUAUCGACGGUUGACAUCAACACGAAUUGCAAGCUGUACUUCUUCACCGAUCUGGAAUGCAGGGCUGGGAAGGAAGAGGUAUCUUGGAAGCAAUGCUAUGGAUCUCUCGACGGAAUCAAGAGCUGGAACAUCAAAUGCGAUUGA